CAUCAUGCGGCUCCAAUGACGUCACGUGAACCGCGGCUCCUUCGUCUUCUUCGUAGCUUCUCCUUACUCCGUGGCUCCUUGUGCCGGUUCGUCGUCACCGUACUAGUGUCCUCUCCGUCGUCUGCAUCCUCUACUCUGUCAGACUGGUUGGUUGUCUCUGUCGUCUGCCUCCCCUACUCUGUUGGACAGGUAAGGAAACUCCAGUGGAGAAUGACAUCGAGUAGCAGCAAGGCAGAAGACCCGUGGAAAUGGAAUGUGGCGAUAAUGGAUAUGUUUUCGCAGGCGGAAACCGAUUAUGUUGACGACGGGGUAUGUAUGAUAUUUUCUCUAAUUGGCCAAGAAUAAAUAGGGUUGAUGGUGAGGUAUUCAGGUGUAACAAUACAGUUGUGAGCAACAUGUAAGGAUUUGUUAUUAACUAGGUUGUUUAAUGAGGCAU